AUGGGCAGCGUCUGCCACCUCGACGGUGACGUCGACACGAACAAGCCCGCCGUUCGGACAUCAACGUCGGUCCUUCCGCCUCCUUCGACUCCUUUGGGCGUCGCUAUCGCUCGAAAGGUGGGAUGGAAAUGGCCCACCUUCUGGGGAGCCAGACGCAGCCCGGCGAGAGACGGGCAUUGCUCCGCGACGAGGACGGUGCUCAUCCGCAGAGACGAGUUGCAGGGUCUGGUGCUGUUGCUCGUCGUGCUCUGCGACAUCACCAUCGCCACCGCCACCGUCUCUCCCGACAUCUCGCUGGUGGUCGUGGGGAACCCCGGCGUUGGCAAGUCCUUCCUGUGCAACAUCUUCCUCCAAGAAAACGCCUUCAAUCACGCCUGGCAGGUCGGCGCCUGCACGAAAAAUGCCGAGUUCCGUACGGCCGUGCUCUCGGGCGACAGCGGCGAGACCCCGCAGGUGGUGCACGUGCACAACGUGCCGGGCCUGAUCGAGCACGACCCGGCGCGGAUGGCCGCGAACAAGCAGGCCAUCGGCCAGGCGUUCGCCCAGCCAGGCGAGCACAUCAUCAUGUACGUGUUUGCGCCCGGCCGCGGCGGCAGGCUCGAGGCGUCCGAUUUUGCAGCCUACGAAGCCCUGCGCAACGCUUACAAUUUCCAGACGACCUCGGUGGUCUUCGUCUUCAAUCUGAUGCCGGCCUACGACGACGAGAUCGUGGGUAUGGCCAUGCGCCUGAUCGACUGGCCGGCGAACAAGCCCUUCAAUCACGUCUUCAUCGAUCACGAUCCCGAGCUGGCCUCCGGCUCCCGGCCGUUUGACUUCAAGAGUAACAAGGCGGCCGCGAUGCGAAACAGGCUCCUGCAGGCGAUGGAUCUGGCCAUUCCCUACCGCCACGAGAAGAUCAAGGAGAUCGAGCUCGCUCGCGACCGGGUGGUCCAGCUCGAGGGCGUCAUAACGUCGAUGGAACAAAAGAUCGCCGAGGCCAAACAGCAGGUCGAAGAUUUUGGUCGGCAGAUCGGAGAGGCCAACGGUCAAAUCGCGGAAGGCCAGCGUCGCCACGCAGAAAUGGUGCAGUACGUGGAGACCCUUCGACAGGAGGCGCAGCGGGCCCGCCACGAUCUCGAGCAGGAGCGCAAGAAGCGCAAGAAGCGCAGCUGGCUUUCCAAGCUCGGCGAUAUUGUUGGCGUCGUAAUGCAACGGGCUGUCGGCCAAAUCAUCUAG